GAAUUUUUUUCUUACAUGUCUUAUAUUAGGAGGAGGCAGCAAGAGAAGGAGAAUGUCUAGGAUCGCUCAUGUGACCCUGAAAGGACCAAGUGUGGUGAAGGAGAUAGCCGUGGGAGCGGUAGUUGCGCUGGCGGCAGGUGGGUUGUGGAAGAUGUAUCACUGGAACCUGCAGAGGCAAUAUAAGGUGUUUUAUGACAUGCAGGACAAGGGAGAGUGCACUGUUGUUACUGAAGAAUAAUGAAUUUCUUCUUCUAAGUGUCUGAAAAGUGAAAACGAGUGAUCUACAUCCCUUAAUGUUAAUGAAGCUUUCUGGGUUUUA